AGGGGCCCCAGCGCCGCGUGGGGCCGCGGGAGGGUGGUGCGGCAGCGGAGAGGGUCCCUUGCCGGGGCGCUGGCAUCCUCCGGGGAGAGGGAAGGAGAGAAGGGCCGGCCCGGGGGUGCACCGGGGCCGGUGCCCAUGCGGCGGAGUCCAUUUUGCUUCCCUGAAGGCGCGGCGUGGUGCAUGAUGCAACACCGAGAGCCUGAAGCCCCCAUCGCACCCCUCCUGAGACAGCUCUGCUCCCAAAUACAGGUGAUCCUCGGGUGAGAAGGUGUUGGGUCCUCACGUCAUAUUCCAGAUUUGAAUAAGCAAAAUGGGGUGCAAAUUUCUGCUCGACAUCGGGCACCAGAUGCUGCGGCGGAAGGUGGUGGACUGCAGCCGGGAAGAGAGCCGGCUGUCUCGCUGCUUGAACACUUUCGACCUGGUGGCCCUGGGUGUGGGCAGCACUCUGGGUGCCGGUGUCUAUGUGCUGGCCGGAGCUGUGGCCCGUGAGAACGCCGGCCCCGCCAUUGUCAUCUCCUUCCUGAUCGCCGCACUGGCCUCGGUGUUGGCAGGCCUGUGCUAUGGCGAGUUUGGUGCUCGGGUCCCCAAGACGGGCUCGGCCUACCUCUACAGCUACGUCACCGUUGGGGAGCUCUGGGCCUUCAUCACUGGUUGGAACUUAAUCCUCUCCUACAUCAUCGGUACUUCAAGUGUCGCGAGAGCCUGGAGUGCAACGUUUGACGAGCUGAUAGGCAAACCCAUCGGAGAAUUCUCGAGGACACACAUGGCCCUGAAUGCUCCGGGGGUGUUAGCUGAAAACCCGGACAUAUUUGCUGUGAUUAUAAUUCUCAUUUUAACAGGGCUCCUAACCCUUGGUGUGAAAGAGUCGGCCAUGGUCAACAAGGUGUUCACUUGUGUCAACGUUCUGGUCCUCGGCUUCAUCAUGGUGUCAGGGUUUGUGAAAGGAUCCAUCCGAAACUGGCAGCUCUCAGAGGAGGACUUCCAGAAUACAUCUGGCCAUCUCUGUCUAAACAAUGACACAAAAGAAGGGAAACCUGGCGUUGGUGGAUUCAUGCCCUUCGGGUUCUCGGGUGUCCUGUCGGGGGCAGCCACCUGCUUCUAUGCCUUCGUGGGCUUUGACUGCAUCGCCACCACAGGUGAGGAAGUCAAGAACCCCCAGAAGGCAAUUCCUGUGGGGAUUGUUGCAUCCCUCCUGAUCUGCUUCAUCGCGUACUUUGGGGUGUCUGCUGCCCUCACGCUCAUGAUGCCGUACUUCUGCCUGGACAAGGACAGCCCCCUGCCUGACGCCUUCAAGCAUGUGGGCUGGGAAGGUGCCAAGUAUGCGGUGGCCGUCGGCUCCCUCUGCGCCCUUUCAACCAGUCUCUUAGGUUCCAUGUUUCCCAUGCCUCGUGUUAUCUAUGCCAUGGCUGAAGAUGGACUGCUAUUUAAAUUUUUGGCCAAAAUCAAUGAUAGGACCAAAACACCAAUAAUCGCCACAUUAACCUCAGGUGCCAUUGCUGCUGUGAUGGCCUUCCUGUUUGACCUGAAGGACUUGGUGGAUCUCAUGUCCAUUGGCACUCUCCUGGCUUACUCACUGGUCGCCGCCUGUGUUUUGGUCUUACGGUAUCAGCCAGAGCAACCUAACCUGGUAUACCAGAUGGCCAGAACUACUGAUGAACUAGAUCAAGUAGACCAGAAUGAAUUGGUGAGCACCAGUGAUUCCCAGACAGGCUUUUUACCGGAAUCAGAGACCUUUGCUUUGAAAACCAUACUCUCACCUAAAAACAUGGAGCCUUCCAAAUUUUCUGGGCUAAUUGUGAACAUUUCAACCAGCCUCAUAGCUAUUUUUAUCAUCGCCUUCUGCAUCGUGGCUGUGCUUGGAAGGGAGGCUCUGAGCAGCGGGGCACUGUGGGCAAUCUUUGGGCUCACAGGAUCUGCCCUCUUGUGCAUGGUGGUCACGGUCAUCGUCUGGAGGCAGCCUGAGAGCAAGACCAAACUCUCAUUUAAGGUGCCGUUCCUGCCUGUGCUGCCUGUGCUGAGCAUCUUCGUGAAUGUCUAUCUCAUGAUGCAGCUCGAUCAGGGCACGUGGGUCCGGUUUGCAGUGUGGAUGCUCAUAGGCUUUGCCAUCUACUUCGGCUAUGGCCUGUGGCACAGCGAGGAGGCAUCCCUGGCCGCUGACCAAGCAAGGACUCCUGACGGCAACAUGGACCAGUGCAAGUGACACGCAGCCCCGCUUCCCAGAAGUGGCAGCAGCCCUGAGGGACGCCUGCAGGGGGCAGGAAAGCACCCCGGCUCUCUCCACUAGUGCAAAAGGAACCACCUACACCCACGACGCCCCCAACACAGCUGAAGGUGCAAUUACUUGAACUGCAGCCUCUGCCCACAGCUCGUGUGUCCUUCCCAUACUUGGCUGUGGGUCUGGCUCACAAGGCCCUGGUCACCUCCAGACAGCUCCCUGACUAGGGCCACUUGGCUGGGGCUGGCCACCAUAUCUCCUCCUUUCCCUGUGAGAACAAAGCAAGCAGCUCCUCUCCUGGCCUGCUCAGCGCCUGUGCCGCUGAAGCCUGGAGCAGACUGGAGACUGUCUCUCCGAACCUCGGGCAUCCAGGCCUCCCUCCCGGAAACUGUGCUGGUGUUGACACUGUGCUGGCACCUACAGUAGUCUCCCUCAGCCCCAGACAGCUGCCGCAGACGCAAGAUGAGAACCACAAAACAGUAUGUCCCCAGCCGUCCCACCCCAGAGCCAAACCGCAGCAGUGUACUCAGAAAGGACAAGCAGAGGACUGCUCUCCUUCUCUCACCCCUGCCCGCCGAGCUGCUUCCAGGUGGGGUUGGACUGGGCCCCUUCCCCUACCAAGGGGGGCUUUGCUUGUGACGCCAUUGGGACAGACCCCAGCACAUGCUGGGUGCCCGUGGCAGGUGGCAGGAUUGAGGACAGAUGGGUCGUCUCAGACAAGGACGGGAUCGUGCCCCGUGGGAACGAAGGCAUCUGGACCGGGGAGAGAUGGUUCUACUCGUCAUGUGUGCAGAAACCGGGGACGUUCUCCAGCUCACCCCUCUUAGCCCGGGCUGGUUCUUGCUGCUUCUGCCGUCUUUCCCCACUAGCUGUGUCUUCUGAAUAACUGGAACACUGAGACUGUUUUUGUAGGACUGGCUUCAAACUGGCAGUUUAGAGACCCCUCCUUUUUAAAAUUCAAGAUCUCGCUGUGUCACGAUCCUCCUGCCUCAGCCUCCCAGGAGAGUGGCUGGGGCUACAGGUGCACACCUCCAUGCUCAGCUUUUAGGGGGCCAGGAAACAAGGGCCUCACGUGUGGCCUCUGCCCACUGAGUAGCAGUGUGCAGUACACGCCACCCCCAGCUGGGCUUUGAGCUUUGUUUUUUAUUGGUCUUCGCCAUUCACUAAAUCUUGCCCUCAGAUACUUACAAGUUAGUCUCUUAUAAGAUUCUUAGGGUGGGUGGCGACUCCAUCUGGGGUCAUGACAGGUUGGGGUCCUGAAGCUGCUGCUAGCCCCUGACAUGACCUUUGUCCUGUUUCUAAUGCAUCAUGAAAUUGAAUGCUCCUCUUAGUUGCUAUGGUUCCCUCCACCAAAUGAUGUUGGGGUUUAACAUUAAUUAUUUGGCCAUUAACUGCCCGGUGCCAUCCGUGUGCCGCCAGGGUGUGGUCCACACGUGAGAUGUUUGUGGUCAUUUUUCUGCCCCUCUGGUGUCUGUUAGUCCAAAUGCUGCACCUGCCCUGGACUUCAUGCCUCUGUCCAUCGGAGAGCCAGGGGGCCGGCUGAGGCUUGGACAGUCCCCUGGGCUUCCUGUACCUGGCGCACUCCGUCCCCUCCUCUCCAGCUCCAGGGGAUGGGGUGGGAGGGGGCGAACUCCAUUUCUCACACACUCCUCGUGGAUUAAAGCCAGAAGAGACGGGAAGGCUGGUGGAGUCUUCUGUCCAUUUAGAGUCUCCUUCAGGAGACAGCCCGCCUGCAGCGGCUGGGGAGGGGGGGGCGGGG